AUGCAUACAUCUUCUUUGAAUGAUUUGGCUCAAAAUCUGAUCAAAAUUUUGGAUAGAAACAAUAUUUUUCCUCCAGCUAUUAAUAAACCAGAAGAUUUAAUAGGUAUAACAAAACCAGACACACGUACAAGAAGACCACCAAAUGGAUUUUUAUUGUGCCGCAAGAAUGUUCAUAGGGAAGCUAGAUUAAAAGGAACUUGCAAUAUGCGUGUAAUAUCAAAAGUUACUGGGAUGUUGUGGAGAGAAGCUUCAGCUGAAGAAAAGGAAACAUAUGAACAAUUGGCACUUGAUGUUCAAACUUUACAUUCGCAAAAAUAUCCUGGAUACAGAUACCGACCAUCACGUUCUAAGGCUGUGCCUUUAUAUCAUCCAUAUUUAAAUACAUCUUCGGUACCUAUUCUAACCCAGAUGACUAUUCCACAAGUUAAUUAUAAUUCUCCAUUAUUAUUACAACCUCAACAAGAAUUUGAUCUACUUCAAUAUUUUAAUCAACCUCCAUGCAAUAAUGUAAUAGACUACAACGCAAUUUAUCCAUUAUAUAGUACUGCAUCUGCAUGGAAUGGAAACAUUAGUUAA